AUGGAGAAUUCGAAGACUCAAUUUUCUCUCCAAAAACGAUGUCGCACUUGCGGUAAACAAGCACGUUUAUGUGCUGUUUGUGGCGAUAGGCCAGCGAAUUUCCAUUAUGGAGCAAUGAAUUGUAUAACUUGUCGAGCAUUUUUUCAACGGAGCGUUAUAAUCAAAGCUAAUUAUACGUGCGUGAAAAACAAAAAUUGCGUUAUCAAUGUUCAAACGCGAAAUAGAUGCAAAUAUUGUCGCUUUGCAAAAUGUCUUCUCGUUGGAAUGAAAAGAGAGGCAAUUCGUCUUCCAGAAUUCAUUCAUUCAGAAGCACCAUUAUCAACUUUAAAAAUUGAAGCCUUCAUUGACGAGAUUGUAAGAACAUAUGAUCAUACGUUUCCGAGCGAUAUUUUAAUAAGCAAUUUAAACCAUGCCAAAGAAUAUUAUAGAAAUUUUCUCUAUAGCAUUCCCUUACUCGACAACUGUGAGCACUCAAAUGUCAAUGCAUGCAUCGAAUCGUCGAUUAUUUUGGCGAUGAUUAUAAGAGAAUCUUUCAAUCGCAGUGAUGAAACAUUUCUAUUAAAAUACGAUGCGGAAAUUUGUGCCAUUCGAGAAAUCUUCGUUUACUAUUUGCAUGAUGAUCUCAUGAUGUUUGCUUCGCUCUAUUCAUGUCUUGAAGUGAUUCUCAGUCGAAUUGAGAUCGAAGAGAGGCAAAAAUUUCAUUCGUGGGAUAUUCUAUGUUUUUUGUAUCGUUUGUCAAAGGGAAUCGAAUUAAAGCGUUAA